GUUCACCUCGCUGCCUGAACCUGGAACGCGGACGGAGGAAGGUUUAUCCGAUCAGCCACAGUACAGGGACAAUGCUUGGCACUGACUAGGCCAUUUCCUCUUUCGUCAAUGUCAACAUAGACAAACAAUCAGCGUUCUCCAUUGAAGCGGCACACGUCCAAACACCUCAAGAGAGCCAGUUCAAGAUGUCGGCGGAAUCCCCAGCUCGACCAACGCGUCGUGCUGCGCGCAAAAACGUUAUAGUGGUGGAUUCUGACGAUGAGUUGAGCCUCAUUAAGGAAGAUGACGACGAGGAGUUUACGCCUGCACCGAAGCGAAGCCCGCGCAGGUCCACGAGAAGACAGACAACUGCAAACGUCGAUGCAUCGCCAAAGAAAUCGGCGCGUUCGCGCAAGUUCAAGACUGGCGAGGGCAUCGAACCUUCGCAGAUAUUCGAUCCAGAAGAGACCAUGCCUUCUAGCAGCCCUACCUCUCCAACGAAGACUGCAUCGCCCCGAAAACGAAAGAGUGUCGCUCCCCGAAAAAGCCGGAGAUCCUCAGUCGCACCCCCUCUACCUGAACUGCUCCCUCCUGAUAGCACCACCAGCAGUGCACACGACACCUUACCUGGGACACCACUGAAGGACAUCACGAGCCAGGCAUUGAACAUGAACGCGCCGCUGGAGGCGGAUCAUGAAUUGCGCAAGCCGAUAAGACCGGCAGAUCCAAUGCUGGAGAAGCCUAUGGACAUUGUUAUACGGGCAAGAGCACAGGCUGUUCCCAUUGCGGAAGAGCCCACGGGACCCAAGUCAAGGAUGGUCAUUCGACAACUAGUCAUGACAAAUUUCAAAAGCUAUGCUGGGAGGCAGGUAGUGGGGCCCUUUCAUGCUUCAUUCUCUGCAGUCGUUGGACCUAAUGGCUCUGGAAAGUCCAACGUCAUUGACUCUUUGCUUUUUGUCUUCGGUUUCAGGGCGAGCAAGAUGAGACAGGGUAAAAUCUCGGCGCUGAUCCACAACUCGGCACACCACCAAGAUCUUGAUUUCUGCGAGGUUGAGGUCUACUUUCAAGAGAUCGUUGAUCUACCAGGAGGGAAGCACGAAGUGGUCCCAGACUCGGAACUCGUGGUCUCUAGGAAAGCAUUCAAGAAUAACUCAAGCAACUAUUACUUGAACGGCAGGACCACCAACUUUACUACAGUGACGACAUUGUUGAAGGACAAGGGUAUCGACCUCGACCACAAACGAUUCUUGAUCUUACAGGGUGAGGUCGAGUCGAUUGCGCAGAUGAAGCCAAAAGCUGCGAACGAGCACGACGAUGGACUGUUGGAGUACCUUGAGGACAUCAUUGGAACUUCGAAGUACAAGACGCCUAUCGAAGAAGCAGCUGUCGAGCUUGAAAGCCUCAAUGAGAUUUGCGUUGAGAAGCAAGGCCGCGUUCAGCAUGUGGAAAAAGAAAAGAAUAGUCUCGAAGACAAGAAAAACAAAGCUCUGGCAUUUAUCCGCGACGAGAACGAGCUGGCAGAAAAGCAGUCAGCCCUGUACCAGAUCUAUAUUGCCGAAUGCGAAGACAACACCAAGGUCACAGAAGAGGCAAUACAGCAAAUUCAGGAACAGUUCAAUGCCGAGCUAGAGAAGCAUGCUGGUAAUGAGGAUGCCAUCAGAGAUCUCGAGAACGCUUACCACAAAGCUGUCAAGCAGUAUGAGCGAAUUGAGAAGCAAGUCCAGGACCUGAAUAAAGAGCUAGCUAAAUUCGACAAGGAGAGUGUCAAGUUUGACGAGAAGCGCAAAUUUAUCAGCGGAAAACAGAAAAAGGCAGAAAAAACAGCCACCUCUAGCCGGUUGGCUGCAUCUGAAGCUCAAAGUCUUGUCGAAAGGCACGCGGGCGAUGUCCAACGUAAAGGUGCGGAAGUCCUUGAACUUGAGAAAGAGAUGGAACAAGAGGAGAAAAGGCUGGCCGUCAUCAGGGAUGAUCUCAAAGGGAAGACUCAGGGCUUGUCCGAUCAGAUCGCAGCCAAACAAAAGUCGUUGGAGCCAUGGAACGCAAAAAUCAACCAAAAGCAGUCAGCAAUCGCCGUUGCCCAAUCCGAGCUUGACAUCCUCAAGGACAAAGCUAACAGCGGCCAAAAAUCCAUAGACCAGGCCAACGAAAGGAUUGCGAGCAUUGAAACAGACAAGACCACGAAGCUCGAAGAAAUUGAACAACGAAAAUACGAAAAGGCCCGACUGGAGAAGGAUAUUAGGAAGAUCCAAGAUGCUUUGCAGAAACUUGCUGCCAGCGAGCCAGAAGUCCGGUCACAGAUUUCGUCGGCUCGGCAGAAGGCUGAUGAGGCACGUGCGAGCCUCGCGACCAGUCAGAACCAAAGCAACGUGCUCAAGGGCUUGUUGCGCCUUCGGGAUUCGGGUCGGAUCGAUGGCUUCCACGGUCGCCUCGGCAAUCUGGGUACUAUCGAUGAGAAGUUCGACGUUGCCAUUUCCACAGCCUGUCCGUCACUGGAAAACAUGGUCGUCGACAAUGUCGAAGUUGGCCAGCUGUGUAUUGAGUACCUCCGAAAGAACAAUCUAGGACGAGCCAACUUCAUUCUUCUCGACAAACUGGCUCAGCGCGAUCUGUCUCCUAUACAAACUCCCGAGAAUGUACCCCGACUCUUUGACCUCAUCAAGCCAAAGAAUGAGCGGUUUGCCCCUGCUUUCUACAGCAUCAUGCAGAAUACGCUAGUUGCGCAAGAUCUCGAGCAGGCAAAUCGUAUUGCAUAUGGUGCCAAGAGAUGGCGGGUGGUCACUCUCGACGGUCAAUUGAUUGACGUCUCUGGCACUAUGAGCGGCGGUGGAACUCGUGUUGCACGAGGUGCCAUGUCGUCUAAGUUGGCUUCAGACACUACGAAAGACCAAGUACAGAAGCUCGAGAACGAACGCGAUCAGCUGGAGAAGCAGUUCGAGGCCUUCCAGACAAGACAACGAGAGCUCGAGGCAAGCCUCAGAGAAAAGCAAGAAGAAAUCCCUCGGCUGGAAACUGCUAUUCAGAAGACCAAUCUCGAAGUAGAGACCUGCACCAGGAAUAUUGCAGACGUACAGAGACGAAUCCAGGAUCUCACCACCGAGCUAGCCAGCACCUCAGUGGACGACUCUCAGAUUGUACGUCUCCAAACGCACAUCGAAUCAAUGAACAGGGAGCUUGAACAGUUGCACUCUGAGACGGCUAGUGUGGAGGCCGAGAUCCAAGCUUUGCAGGACAGGAUCAUGGAAGUUGGUGGCAUUCAGCUCCGAACUCAGAAGGCUCGAGUCGAUGGCCUCAAAGAAAGAAUUGACAUGUUGAAUGACGACAUCUCCAACGCAGAAGUAGCCAAGACGAAAAAAGAGAAGCUUAAGGUCAAGAACGAAAAGACGAAGUCGGAUGCAGAGAAGGAACUUGAAUCUCUAUCCAGAGACCUUGAGCAGCUUGAACAGGAUAUCGAGAGACACAAGUCUGCUGCCGCGGAGCUGCGGGCCCAAGUGGAUAAAGCUGAAGAACAACAAAGCAAUAUGAAGGACGAACUUGGAGAUUUGAAGAAGAACCUUGAUGCACAAACGGCCGAACUGAAUUCGACAAGGGCUGUUGAAAUCGAGAUGAAAAACAAGCUCGAGGAAAACAACAAGGUUCUGGCAGACAACCAGAAAAAGAGUCGUUAUUGGACAGAGAAGUUGUCCAAGCUUACAUUACAUGACACUGCCGACCUGGAAGCUCUAUCUCAAGAUCAGGACCGUCAACAGCCCCAGCGACCGGCGGAUGAGGACAUGCCUGAUGCACCUCCUGAAACAGACCCGGACGCAAUGGACGUCGACGAAGGACAGCAUGAAGAGCAGCCCAAGACCCCUUCCACCCCGGCACGAAGGCAACUGCAAACAUUUACCCGCGACGAGCUACUUGACAAAAACAAAGAUCACCUUGUGGCGUCAAUUGCGGCACUCGAAGAAAAGGUGUCCAAUGCCUCAAGCAUUGAUUUGAGCGUCAUAGCUGAAUACCGGCGUCGAUGUGAAGAGGUGGCUUCCCGGACAGGCGAUCUUAAGAAUGCAGUGAAGUCCAGGGAUGCGGCCAAAACACGUCUUACUGAUCUACGCAAUCUUCGCCUUACUCAGUUCAUGACGGGCUUUACCACCAUCUCUUCGCACCUGAAGUCUAUGUACCAGCUCAUCACGCUUGGAGGCAAUGCCGAACUCGAACUUGUGGACAGUCUCGAUCCAUUUUCCGAGGGCAUCCUAUUUUCCGUCAUGCCUCCCAAGAAAAGCUGGAAGAACAUUGGCAACUUGUCUGGUGGCGAGAAGACAUUGAGUUCGCUCGCCCUAGUGUUUGCACUCCAUGUGUAUCGACCUACACCUUUGUACGUCAUGGAUGAGAUUGAUGCGGCUUUGGAUUUCAGAAACGUGUCAAUCGUCGCGGGCUACAUCAAAGAGAGAACCAAAAACGCACAGUUCAUUGUCAUUUCCUUGCGAAACAAUAUGUUCGAACUGGCGGAGCGACUGGUGGGCAUCUACAAGGUAAACCAUAUGACGAAGAGUGUCACAGUGGAAAACAGAGACUACUUAGCUAUGGGAGGUCGGAGGCAAGAGCAGCCCACGAGUGACGGUAGAACGACCACUGGACAACCAGGCCAAAUUCGGUGAAUGGCACUCGACUCAGUGAUGGAGAUGAAAUGAAAGUGCCGAGGCGGCGCCUUCGAUCGACGACUUUCAUGACAUCAUUUCUGCUAUGAUCUUUGGAUAUUGAACGCCUGUAUGAUGGAGCAACGUUGAAGUUUUGUACAGUUGGCAUACGGGAAGCAAGUUGAGCGCUUGAUUAUAUCGGUUGAAUGAUACUCUAUAUGGGGAGGAAGUCUUGCCUAUAUUGACCAGCUGUAAUCAUUCAUGACAGGAAAUCGGGACCUCUUUCGUUGAAGAUAGUAGCCCGUGCGCAACAGUGCGUGGAAUAUACACAUACGACAUCUCA